AUGGAAUACAAAUCACUCUACAAAUAUGGUCAGGAGGUCUCGGCGCUCGUGAUUUUAUGGGAUUACAAGUCCCGAGGACAUGUCUCUUUCUCCCUAAUGCUUGAUCAAAACUCUCGAUUCUCUCUAGGUCACAUUGGAGCAACAGACAGGCCUAGGGCUUGGUGCUUUCUUGGAACUCUUGGUUAUCGCGAGGCACGAGAGCGAGCACAGGAGUAUGACCAGGUGUCGAUCACAUGCGUAUUUGUGGCGUCGAAGAUCAUUGACAACUCUGGAGCGUUGCUGGCGGAGUGUGUGAAUGUCCUAAAAUCCAAGUCCACGGGGACCGGAAUGGCCAAAGUAGGCGACGAGAUAGUCGUUGUCAUCCGGCGAGCGCGUCCGAUCUCUGCAACCGCAUUGGCCUCGGCAACAGCGAUCAAAGUAAGAAAGGGAGACGUCAGGCGUGCGUUGGUAGUCCGAACCAAGAAAGAGGUGAUGCGACCCGAUGGUCGCUAUAUUCGAUUUGAUGACAAUGCUGCCGUCUUGUUGAAUAAUAAGAAGGAGCUUCUCGGCACACGUAUUGGCGGUGUUGUUAGCGCUGACCUCCGAAUGAAGGGAUGGUCGAAGAUCGCAUCUUUGGCACCCAAGGUUGUAUAA